GCAUGCGAAUUAUUCUUUCAUCCGAGCUUCUUGGGUAGUUCCGAGGCCGGAUUCGGUGAAUGCGCGGAAUUUGUACUGCGUGACGUGUAUCGGGAACAGCUGAAGCAUCCGGAUACGGUCACAACACACUGGCCCGGACUAGUGUUUCUUACUGGGAGCUUGGCUCAGUUACCCGGUUUCCCCGAACGCAUCUACACCGAGCUUCGACCGCUUCUGCCCUAUGGCCCCAUUGGUGAUCGGCUGAAAGUAAUUGUUUCCGACACGCCUAGACUGGGCGCUUGGUAUGGUGCACGGCGUCUGGCGCUGGACAAUCGAGUGGACAUCUAUGUCACGCGUCAGCUUUACGACGAGUGCGGAUCGGACUAUUUGGUCGAGCAUCCAAUUGGGAAUCGAUCUUGGCGAUCCCCACUCUAA